AUAUAAAAGUUAAUAAUUAAAAAUAGAAGAUAAAAGAAAUUAUUUAUUGUGCUAUCUAUGUAGAGGUUUAAAAAUUUUUCAAAGAACUUUAAAGACUUUGUAAUUAACUCUUAAAGGAGAGAAGAGAUGAUUUUAGGAUGGAAAAAUUCUAGGUAGUUUUCUCUAAAGAAAACUAUCGCCUACUCAACUGGUUUAUAUUUUAUAGGUGCUACCUAUUACUACUCUAAGACUAAUGAAGACUUUUCGAUAAAGAUGGAUUUCGCUCGUAAUGUUAGCAGAUUUUCAGGGUGGGUUUCAAGCCAAUACAUACCAUUAAGCUUAAGAAAACCUCUUUUUGGUGCAUUUGCAAAAUCAUAUAAUGUUAUUGAGAACGAUAUGAUAGAGCCAUUCGAAAAUUAUGAAACUUUUAAUUAAUUUUUCACUCGUAGGGUUAAACCUCGUUAGAUUGAUAAUAACGAUGAAGUUAUUCUAUCUCCUGCAGAUUCCAAAGUUUUAACUAUCGCCGAAGUUAAGGGAGACUCAAAUAUUUUAGUAAAAGGCAUUAAUUAUAAGAUGGGUGAAUUUUUAACUGGAAAUAAAAGCGUUGUUUUAGAUAACGAUCUAUUCAAAACUCUUAAGAUAAAAGAUCCUGAAUCAAAGAUAUACUAAGCAAUCUUCUACUUAAAUCCAGGAGAUUAUCAUAGAUAUCAUUCACCUACAUAAAUACUUGCAAAGAGAAGAAACCAUAUACUCGGUUAUUUAGCUCCAGUCAAAGAAUCCUAUAUUUCAAAAUAUGAAAGAGUGUAUGAAGGUAAUGAGAGAGUAGCUUUGUUUGGUGAAUGGAAACACGGUUAAUUCAUUUAAGUUUACGUAGGAGCUACUAAUGUAGGUUCUAUGACAUUAGAAUUCGACCCAGAAUUAAAAACUAAUUAGAAAAUUGAUUUAAAUUGGAAAAAAUUCAAUAAGAGCAAUGUCAAGAAUUUUGAUAAUAAAAUUGAUGUAGAAAGUGUAAAGAAAACUGCUGAACAAAGACCUGAUCUUUAAGAGUUUUCCACCGAAGAAUUAUCAGUAUUAAAUGAUUUAGAUAAGAAAUAAAAGAUUCCUUCAAUUUACAAAUAACUAGAAAAUGGUAUAUUAAUUCCUAAAGGUGCUGAAAUAGGUAGAUUUAAUUUAGGAUCUACCGUCGUUGUUUUCUUUGAAGCUAAAGGAGAUUUAUAAUGGUUUGUCAAAGAAGGUGAUAAAGUCAGAUACGGUUAACCUGUAUGUCAAGUUAUGCUCAAUUAAUAAACAGCUUAAAAUAAAAGUUAAAAAAAUUGAAAACCCUAAAUGUAUUUUUAUAUAAAUAUUUAUAUAGCACAAAAAAUUUCAUAAAUCUAGUAAAGACUUUAAAACAUUACUUUUAAUAA